CCGGUUCCCGGCCGGGGCUGGGCGAGCCCCGGUGCCCCCAGCGCUGGGAAGCGGCCGGCGGGUGUCCCGGCGUGGGGCAGGGUCCUGUCCCGCAGCGCAGCCCCAAGCACCGGCUCCGGUGAAGCCUCCGUCCCCUGCCCUCGGGCCAGCGCCGGUCGUGGCUGCGGGCCCGGUGCUGGCAGGAGCUCCGGGAGCGCACAUGGUUAACGCAGCUGGCGGGGGAGGGCUGCGCGCCCCGUCCCGCUCCUCCCGUCCCAUCCUGUCCCGUCCCGUCCCUCUCCACCGCCUCCGCUCCAGAAAGUGCAUUUCCGCCCAGGCCGAAGGAGGAGACGGGGCCGUGGAAGCGGGAGGCAGCCGACCCGGCGGGGCAGUGCGGGGGGAUGCUCUAGGGAAGGGACGGCAGCGCCCGGAGGAGCAGCCCUGCCCCGGAGCUGGCACCUCACAGGGCACUGCCAUGGAGGGGCUCUGGGUGCCCGGUGUCCUGCUGCUUUCCUGCCUGCUGCUGCCCUUUCCUGCGAGCAGCCAGACCAGCCCCAGCCCUGACCGGAGCUGGGAGACGGACCCCACAGAGGCACCAUCCCAGCACCACACUGCCAGGGCCAUGCAGGAGCAGGUCAGCAGUGCCCGGGAGAUGCCCCUGCGGCCCCGCUGUGUUCGCUGCUGUGAGCAGCCUGACCAGCGCUUCUACCACCCCCAGUACCAGCCUCUGCCUCAGAUCAACAUGACCAUCCUGAAAGGUGAGAAAGGGGACCGCGGCGAGCGAGGCAUGCAGGGCAAGUUCGGCAAGACGGGGGUGGCCGGCAGCAGGGGCCACAUGGGGCCCAAGGGACAGAAGGGCAGCAUGGGCGCCCCGGGGGAGCGCUGCAAGAGCCACUAUGCUGCCUUCUCGGUGGGCCGCAAGAAACCCCUUCACAGCAAUGACUACUACCAGACCCUCAUCUUCGACACAGAGUUUGUCAACCUCUACGACCACUUCAACAUGUUCACGGGCAAGUUUUACUGCUACGUCCCCGGGAUCUACUACUUCAGCCUCAACGUGCACACCUGGAACCAGAAGGAGACGUACCUGCACAUCAUGCGCAAUGGGGCGGAGGUGGUGAUCCUCUAUGCCCAAGUGAGUGACCGCAGCAUCAUGCAGAGCCAAAGCGUCAUGCUGGAGCUGCAGGAGCAGGAUGAGGUCUGGGUGAGGCUCUACAAGGGUGAGCGUGAGAAUGCUGUCUUCAGCGACGAGUAUGACACCUACAUCACCUUCAGCGGCCACCUCGUCAAGUACAGUGGGGACCCCUGAGCGCCCAGUGUCCCCCCGCUCCUCCUGCCCUGGGGCGAGUGUCUGAGGAGCCCCUGCCACCCCUCACCCUGGGCAUGCCACCACUGUCAGCUGUUUGCCCAUCCACGUGCCACUACCCCCGGCAGCUGCACAGUGUGUGAAUGUCCCCACCAUGGCUCCUUGAGAACCUGGAGGAGUCGGAGCAGUUUCCAGCCUCUGCUGCAUUUGAGACCCGGGAAGCAGCCGUGCACGGGGUGCGGGCAGGGAGCUCAACCCCUCCUGUGCUUGCCUCCAGAGCUGGGUUUGCUGGGGCACAGCCUGAGCCGGCACCAGCUGAACAGGUUUGACUGCCAGUGCCCCGGAGCAAAGCAGCACAGACACGUGCACCAUGUUCCUCCCUUGCUCCCUCGCACUGUGCCACACUCUGCAGGCUCCUAAUCCUAGAAAAGGGCAGAGGAUGCUCAACACCCAGCAGGGAAGGCAAUAAAACCACUAAGAGCCCCUUUUCCUUUCCACAGAGCCGGGUCCCAGCCCCACAGACGUUGGGCACCCGCUGAAAUCCCCCAUGCAGAUUGCAGCAGUUCCCUCCACAAGCCCCAUCACAACUCCAACCACAGCCUCUGCUCGGUACCGACACUGCCAGUGGGUGCUGGCUCCCCACCGGCAGCCCUGGGGUUGGGGCCUUUGGCCUCAGCCGCUUCCUCUUCAGCUACAUUAUCUGCUGGCCAGGCUUUGUAUUUCUCUAGAUGCAACAGCAGAGCAGGGCCCAGGGCAGCAUCCUGCCCCCCUCCCUCUGUACAGCUUUAAACAUUAAACACUCCACGAUUUCCAGUUCUACUCA